CUCUCCGAUCAUCUUCCCCCCCCCCUCCCCCAUCAGAUUCACGCUGAUAAUAAGUGGCAAGUAAAGCAGAAUAUGGAUGCUACAUCUGGAUCCAGUGAUCGUUGUGAAGCAGUAACCAACCAAUUUGGUGUGUUGACUCUUGAGGAAAGGAACGCUAAUGUUCCAGUCAACCACAGUGUCCAAAACCCUAAGUCAUAUGGAGCCAUUAGUGGAUCGUCGUCUUCGGCAUCAGAAGUCGUUAAUUACUUGGAGGAUUUUGCGGUGGACAAGUCUACUCAUUGUCGUGCCCAGAUCAGAGCCACUUUCUAUCCAAAGUUUGAGAAUGAAAAGACUGACCAAGAAAUAAGAACACGGAUGAUUGAGAUGGUGUCUAAAGGUUUAGCAACGCUGGAGGUCUCUCUUAAGCACUCAGGCUCUCUCUUUAUGUACGCCGGUCACAUGGGUGGAGCAUAUGCAAAGAACAGUUUUGGUAACAUUUUUACUGCGGUUGGUGUUUUUGUUCUUUCUCGGAUGUUUAGGGAGGCUUGGGGAACUAUGGCGUCAAAGGAGGAGGCAGAGUUUAAUGAUUUUCUUGAGAAAAAUCGCAUGUGUGUAUCUAUGGAACUGGUAACAGCUGUUCUCGGAGAUCAUGGUCAACGCCCACUGGAUGACUAUGUAGUAGUGACGGCUGUUACCGAGUUAGGUAAUGGUAAGCCCAAGUUCUAUUCAACUUCCGAAAUAAUUGCGUUUUGCCGGACUUGGCGUCUACCAACAAAUCAUGUUUGGCUGUUUUCCACAAGGAAAUCAGUGACCUCUUUUUUCGCCGCAUUUGAUGCACUCUGUGAAGAAGGGAUAGCAACCUCAGUUUGUAGAGCUCUUGAUGAAGUAGCUGAUAUAUCCGUCCCAGGCUCCAAGGACCAUGUGAAGGUGCAGGGUGAGAUAUUAGAGGGUCUCGUGGCGCGUAUCGUGAGCAGUGGGAGCGCCAGAGAUAUGGAAAAUGUCUUGAGAGAUCAUCCUCCACCAACCUGUGAUGGAGCUAAUCUUGCUCUGGGACUCAGUUUAAGAGAGACAUGUGCUGCCAAUAGAUGUAACGAGGAACAGCAAAUAAGAGCGCUUUUAACGAGUGUUGGCCCUAGCUUUUGCCCCAGUGACUUGGAUUGGUUUGGAGAUGAUUCUGUAGAAUCUCAUUCGAAAAAUGCUGACAAAUCUGUUGUAACAAAAUUUCUGGAAUCUCAGCCCGCAGAUUAUACGACUAGUAAACUACAGGAAAUGGUUCGCUUGAUGAAGGAAAGACGUCUUCCAGCCGCAUUCAAGUGUUACCAGAAUUUUCAUAGAGCUAAUGACGUAUCACCUGACAACCUAUUUUAUAAAUUGGUUGUCCAUGUGCACAGUGAUUCAGGAUUUAGGCGUUACCAGAAAGAGAUGAGGAAUAUGCCUGGCUUGUGGCCUUUAUAUCGAGGUUUCUUUGUUGAUAUUAAUUUGUUCAAGUCAAACAAAGGGAGGGAUCCGAUGGCUGUGGAAUGCAUUGAUAAAGCGGUCAAAGAUGCCGGUGAAAAUUGUGGUCAACAAGGAAAGGAUGGUUUGGAUGAUGCUGAUGCUAACUUAAUGAUCAAACUGAAGUUUCUCACAUACAAGUUGAGAACCUUUCUGAUCCGAAAUGGCCUAUCAAUUCUAUUUAAAGAGGGGCCAGCAUCUUAUAGAGCCUUCUACCUUAGGCGAAUGAAAAUAUGGGGUAUUUCAGAUGGAAAGCAGAAAGAACUUUGCAAGAUGCUUGAUGAAUGGGCUGCUCACAUAAGAAAAAAAUGUGGGAAUAAGCAGCUAUCCUCAUCACUAUAUCUCAGCGAAGCUGAGCCAUUCCUGGAGCAGUACGCAGGACGGAGCCCAAAGAAUCAGGGUUUGAUAGGGUCUGCCGGGAAUCUAGUCAGAGCUGAGGACUUCUUGGCCCUUGUUGACGGUGAUCUAGAUGAAGAAGGCGAUCUUGUGAAGAAAGAGAGAGUGGCACCAGCUACUCCUGAGCCAGCUGUGAAGGAAGCUGUGCAGAAGGAUGGGGGAUUAAUUGUAUUCUUUCCAGGAAUUCCUGGAAGUGCUAAAUCUGCACUUUGUAAGGAGUUAUUGAACCCCCCAGGUGGCUUAGGAGAUGAUCGGCCAGUGCAUAGUCUGAUGGGUGAUCUUGUCAAAGGAAAAUAUUGGCCAAAGGUUGCUGAUGAAUGUCGUAAAAAGCCACAAUCAAUUAUAUUGGCUGACAAAAAUGCCCCAAAUGAAGACGUCUGGAGACAGAUUGAAGACAUGUGUCGGAGAACUAGGGCUACUGCGGUUCCAGUCGUUGCUGAUUCCGAAGGAACCGAGUCAAAUCCAUAUUCACUUGAUGCCUUGGCUGUUUUCAUAUUCCGUGUACUUCAAAGAGUUAACCAUCCGGGGAAUCUGGACAAGGCAUCUUCGAAUGCAGGCUAUGUGAUAUUGAUGUUUUACCACCUCUAUGAGGGAAAGAACCGCAAAGAAUUUGAAGGUGAAUUGAUUGAGCGCUUUGGCUCCGUCGUCAAGAUACCACUGUUGAGAUCAGACAGGAGUCCUUUACCUGUCCCUGUUAAAUCGAUUCUUGAGGAGGGCAUUGACUUGUUCCAGCUCCACAGUAGAAGGCAUGGGAGACUUGAGUCGGCGAAAGGAACAUAUGCAGUGGAAUGGACUAAAUGGGAGAACCAGCUGCGCAAUACUUUAAUUGCAAAUUCGGAGUAUAUCAACUAUGUUCAGGUUCCGUUUGAGUCUGCGGUUCAGCAAGUGCGAGAAGAGCUAAAAAGAAUCGCAAAGGGUGAAUACAAACCACCAAGUUCAGAGAAAACAAAACACGGGUCUAUUACAUUUGCUGCCAUCAACUUGCCUGUAACUCAAGUCCACAGUCUUCUUGAAAAGUUAGCCGCAUCAAACCCAACGAUGAGAUCUUUUCUAGAGGGAAAGAAGAAGAGCAUAGAGGAAAAACUUGAAAGGGCUCACGUGACGCUUGCCCACAAGAGAAGCCACGGAGUAGCAGCUGUAGCCAGAUACGGUCAGCACUUAAACAGAGAGGUACCCAUACAGCUCACCGAGCUCAUCUUCAACGACAAGAUGGCUGCUUUUACAGCCCAUGUCGGAUCUGUGGACGGGGAGACCAUAGUAUGCAAGAACGAAUGGCCACACGUGACUUUGUGGACAGCGGAAGGCGUUACUGCGAAAGAGGCUAACACGUUACCUCAGCUGUACGCAGACGGAAAGGCAAGCCGCAUGGUGAUAGAUCCUCCUGCCUCAGUCUCAGGUCCCCUGGAGUUUUUCUGAAUUACUUAAGCUUGAAAUUGCCAAUGUAACCCAUUAACCAUGGCUACCUUAUUAUAGUGGCCACUGACACUACAAUCAAUGAAACGUUUUGUGACAUAUAGAAAUGACAUAGUAAUAUAUGUAUAUGCUAUGCUACCGAUGAUUAGUACUUAGUAUCUAAAUACUGGUUACAUAACCUCGAUUUAAAGGUGUGGUAAUGACAAUUAAUCUUCUCGGGG